UUUUGCUACUUACCAAAUUUGGACACUUUUGCCUACUCAUUGUUGAUCUCAUAUUAAGCAGUAGAAUCGCAAUACUACGUGACUUUACAGCAAAGUACUCAAAAAUGGGUUUUAUUUACAGAAACUCCAUUGGUUGUAUCCUAUGGUACAACUUCCUCUUUCCUUUCCAAAAAUAAUCAUCUUUCAAAUCCCCUAAAUUUCUAGGGUUAAUUUAGUACUCAACUAAAACUUUCCAUUUCCUCAUCCUUCCCUCUCUCAUUUAAAGAACCACUCCUCCUUACACCAUAUAUUGUUUUUCCUCUUCAAAGUUUCAAUCUUUUUUGGUCGGGUUUGGAAUUCUGUGGAGAUCCAAGUUUUAAUUUUUUUUAGUAUUAGUUUUUUUGCUUUGCAAAAUUUAGUCUUUUUGGUUAUUUGAGUUGUGGCUGAAUUGUAGGUUUUUUUUUUUGAAGCAAUGAUUUUUCAUUAAUGUCAAUAUGUGAAUUCAGUUUUCAAGUGUAUAAGCCGGUAGGGGAAUUGAAUUGGGCUAAUGGUGAAGUGGGUUGUGAUUUAGGUGCUUAAUUUUUGAGAGGGUUGUCUUUUUGGUGAAAGUUUCUGCUCUUUACGUUGGGAAAAUUAUUCAAACAAUCGGAGGAAGUGGAUGAUGUACCAUUCUUCUGGUAUGGAUUACUCGCGGGAACCUGGCAUGCCCACGAGGUUUGUGUGGCCUUAUGGUGGAAGAAGUGUGUAUAUCUGUGGUUCAUUUACUGGGUGGGCACAACAUCCGAUGACUCCAGUGGAGGGAUGCCCAACGGUCUUUCAGACAGUUUGCAACUUACCUCCAGGCUUCCACCAGUACAAGUUUGUCGUUGAUGGUGAAUGGCGGCAUGAUGAGCACCAGCCACACGUCUCCAGUAACUAUGGGACUGUCAACACUGUCCUUUUAGCAAGGGAAUCUGACUACCUGCCGCCAAUGCUUAAUCCUCAAUUUCCUGCUGGUUCUAAUAUGGAUGUUGAUAAUGAGGCCUUUCAGCGUCUGUUUCAGGUCAAAGUUUCAGAUAUUGGGUUAUCAGAAGCAGACUUAGAGAUCUCUCGCCACCGCAUUUCUGUAUUCUUGUCUGCACAUACAGCUUAUGAGUUGCUUCCUCGGUCAGGAAAGGUUAUUGCUUUAGAUGUUGACUUACCUGUGAAGCAGGCUUUUCACAUUCUUCACGAGCAGGGAAUUCCUAUGGCUCCUCUGUGGGAUUUCUGCAAGGGCCAGUUUGUUGGAGUUCUGAGUGCACUGGAUUUCAUCUUGAUUAUGAAGGAGCUCAGAAAUCAUGGGUCCAAUCUGACAGAGGAAGAGCUUGACUUGCACACUAUAUCUGCUUGGAAGGAAGCUAAGUCAUUUAUGAAUAGACAAAUCAAUGAUGGUGGAAGAACAGGUCCCAGGCAACUUGUCCAUGCUGGGCCAGAUGACAAUUUGAAAGAUGUUGCCUUGAAGAUUCUACAAAAUGGGGUGGCUACAGUUCCUAUAAUUCAUUCCAGCACUGAGGAGGGAUCAUACCCACAGCUAUUGCAUCUUGCUUCACUUUCUGAUAUACUUCAAAGCAUUUGCAGAUAUUUCAGAUAUUCUUUAGGCUUAUUGCCUGUACUCCAGCUCCCAGUUUGUGCAAUCGGAUUGGGAACUUGGGUUCCAAAAAUUGGAGAGUCAAACCGGCAGCCGUUUGCAAUGUUGAGACCAAGCGCUUCCCUUAGUGCAGCACUUAAUUUAUUAGUUCAAGCUCAAGUUAGUUCAAUUCCUAUUGUUGAUGACAACGACUCCUUACUGGAUGUGUAUUCUCGAAGCGAUAUUACUGCAUUGGCCAAGGACAAAUCUUAUACAAAUAUUAAUCUUGAGGAGAUGACUGUUCAUCGGGCCUUGCAGCUAGGUGAAGAACCGUAUUCCCCAUAUGGGAUCAGCCAGCAAAGAUGUCACAUGUGUUUGCCAACUGAUCCGCUACACAAGAUUAUGGAGAGAUUGUCCAAACCAGGGGUGAGACGGCUUGUCAUAGUGGAAGCUGGAAGCAAGCGGGUGGAAGGUAUUGUAACAUUAAGCGAUAUUUUCAGGUUCCUGCUUGGGUAGUAGACAAAAAUGCAUCAGAUUGGGCGACGGCUUUUACAAUCCGGUGGCUUUUAGUCUGUUUAUGCUGACACCAUUUCUGCACCAGCAAGGAGAAAUCUUCUCUAUGGUGAUUUUAUUUCAAUUCUUUCAUACAUACAAUUGGAAUGGCCUGACAUUUCAAGGCCUGGGUUUUAGGGUAGUAGGCUCAAAAAUGUGGCUGCAAAUUGUCGCAGUUGGGUUGUUCCAUAAACUGCUAGCUCCCCUUUACAAAGUAUUGUCCCCUAAGUUAUGCGGCUAGGAUGCUAGAGUUUUGUUGAAAGCAUGGACCUGCAGUUUUCUGCUGCAGGGGACAGGAAAGUUGGGAAAUAAAGUGUUAUGAUCAUUAAUGUCAUUUUAGCAUCCA